CAAGUUCUGUGUGCGAACAGUGUGGACGUCCGCUUCUUGAAACAAAUUAUACGGAGCAAAGUUUCUGCAGCAAAGGCCAGAUUACAGGAUUUAUCCUCGAGACGCGAGAAAGCGACUCUUUCUUUUCGGCAUCCAAAAACACAAUGGGGAUUAUCGCUUAUUUCUCGAACAGAAACUCCCGGAAUGUAGAAAAGAAAUGGACAUGAUACUUCCGAUGAGGCCGACACGUACAGCUCAUGCAAAGUCAGCCUCUCCUCAGAUUCGAGUGCCUUCAUGCAUCCAUAGCUGGCACCUGAUCGCCAUAAAACAACAUCCUCUCGCUCUCUUAGAAUUCCGGCUCCCCCAUCUCCUGCCCGGAGAAGAAACAGGAAAAGUCCAUAGCCCACACGUCGUAACACCGACUAUUGACAAAGAACCUCUCGCUCCCCGCUCCGACCCACAAAAUGGUGAGCCGCAAGUUUAAGAAGACGCGAGAAAAUGGCGAGACCGAAGGCUAAGCGCCAGGCGAAGCGCAAGCCCCUGCACUCGCUUCGCCCUCUCAUGCGUCGGUCGGUUGUUCUAGCCCCAGGCACUGGAUCGUGGAUGGAUGUCGCGUACAGCACGCCCAGCCCCCGGGCCGUGUGGAUGUGCUACCGGGAGACCGUGGGAAGCAUGCGUUACGCUGGCCCAACAACCGUAGAUUCAAAGAAUGCGGGGCUUCGCUGGGGCAAGGGAGGAAGACGCUACGCCUCGUAGCGCUACGCAGUGGUAGGUACAGGACGGGGCAGGCAGUAGCUGGCUGGGGAAUGUGCAUGACGUAAAUUUGGCCCCUGAUGUGCGGAGAGGGGGAAAGGACUGUGGGUCGAUAACACUGGCCCCCACAGACUGACGGACUGACUGCGCUUUGUAUCCGAGGGACGACGGCGCCAGUCGACGGAGAUCCGACGGAGGGAGGCCGAUUCUGGGAGUGGGCUUGGACAGCCUUUGAUCGAAACGCUUAAUCGUCGCGGUGAAAACGCUCGACGAUUCGAUGCAUUGGUGACGAGCGCGUGGUAAAUUCAUGGGUGCUUGACGGUUUAACCCGGUGCAAGACGAGCGAUGGACUCGUAGGCUUGGGUUAUUGAUGAGUCGGGGAAUCGAUGGGCCUAAAUUAAGUCAAAUCCCCCAGCCCCCAGCCCCCAGGUGUGCAGGGCUUGCACACCUGGGGGCUUGGGGCUUGGGGCUGGGGCUUGGGCGAAGAAGGAUGACGGACACGAGGAAAGCAGAGACGGAGAACGAGAGGGAGCAAGAAGCCCCUCGACGCGUCGUGUCUGAGACCAGGCCAGCACAGGACGAGGACGGCGAGCACGAAGACGAAGACGAAGACGAGGGCGGGGAAGGGAGAUGUAGCAUGGAAGCGAGCUCGCCGUCGUCCGUGGGAGAUUGAAUCGUGGAAUUUCUGGCUCGCACGCUGUCCCGCACCGUGUGUCUUUCGCUCGAGGCUUUAGGUCUGCUUUAGGUGCGCGGCUUCGCCCGGAUUUGGGAUUUUCUGGAGGAUUGCGGCAGGUUGUGGGUAUGGCGAUGGCUGCAUGCUGCAGCAUCAGCAGUAGUGCUGCAGCUGGCGCUCUUAGAGCUUCCCAAUUGCAAGCAAGCAGGGGUAGAAAUCGGCUCAGCGAGAGGAGAUCGGGCGAUAUUUGCGUGGGCAGAGGAGGGAAUUCGAGAAGAUUUCGAGAUUUCGAGAUGUUUAAGGGUAGCCAAAGCGGCAGCAGCAGUAUUGACUCGGUCUCAAUUAGGGCUUCUGCGGGCGGAGAUGGCGAGGACGAGACCGAGAGGCCGCGGACGAUGUCUUCUUCCAAGAAGAGACCCAAGUCCAUGUCCUCCGUUGUCGACAGGCCCGCAGUGCUGAGCGAGAAGCGUGCCGGGCCGAAAGAAAAAGCUCGGAGCUCCAACCUAAUUUCUGCUCUUGUGGACGAUUUGGCGGGAUUCAUGGCCCCACGCGAGAAAGGCGACAUUCGGGACGUGGUGCUCAUGAGCCUAAGCUUCGCAGUCUUAAUCUACAUAUCGCAGCACCUCGUACACGCCUACUGCGCUCUCAGACACACUUUACAACCCUUCCACCACUUCUGACGAGUCCGAUUCUGCUCAAUUGACAGUGAAUGUCCUGGCCCUGAGGUCUGGUCUAGCUCUAGAUCUGUCCUGUUCUGUACUGUCACUCUGCUCAGCUCUGCUCUGCGCGCAGCUCUUAGACUCUCGUGCUGCUCUGUACAUUAGUAGUCCGUUUGUAACUGUAUAGAAAGAGCAACUCUUUCCAAACUGAUUCCAUGUUCCGAAAUUGGACCAUUUGUAUCUUUAAAGGCAUUCAUCAAUUUUAUAUCUAGUUCGAUUAUUCUGUCGAAAUUCGCAGCAUCUCUCGUCGCUUCUUCGUUUUAAUUCAAAUUUCCCGUCGAGAUCUACCCAUUCAAC